AUGGAUCUGGCCCCAGUGUCCCAGGACGCCCGUUAUCCGACCGAUGAUGGCUCCGUGAAAGUGGGACGGGAGGCCAGCAGGAGCCUCUUAUCACGGAUGGACAGAUCAAUCAUGAGCGGGAAAGAAAGGGAAAAGGGAACAGGCAAGGAGGAGCGCCGCUGCUUUGGCCUCAUUUCCAUCGAAAGCCACGACUCCGUGAAGCUGAUCAAGUUCGCGGACGACACCACCCUCAUUGGACUCAUCUCCAACAACGAUGAGUCUGCCUACAGGAGGGAGGUGGACCGGCUGGUGUCCUGGUGCAGUGGUAACAACCUGGAGCUGAACGCCCAGAAGACAGUGGAGAUGAUUGUGGACUUCAGGAAGAGCACUGUCCCCCCGCCCCCACCCUCCGUGAUGGACUCCCCCAUCACCUCUGUGGAGUCCUUCCGUUUCCUGGGCACCACCAUCACCCAGGACCUCAAGUGGGAGCCGACCAUCAGCUCCCUCAUCAAGAAGGCCCAGCAGAGGAUGUACUUCCUGCGGCAGCUCAGGAAAGCCAAGCUGCAGUUCUACACGGCCAUCAUCGAGUCCAUCCUCACCUCCUCCAUCACCGUGUGGUUCGCUGGAGCCACAGUCAGGGACAAACAGAGACUACAGCGCAUUGUGCGCUCUGCAGAGGAAGUGAUCGGCCGCAGCCUUCCAUCGCUGCAGGACCUCCCCACCCUGGACCCGCUGCAGUUCGCCUACAGACCCAACAUCGGAGUAGAGGACGCCGUCAUCUACUUCCUGCAGCGGACGCUCUCCCACCUGGAGCCCGCCGGGAGCGCUGUCCUCCUUUCCUGA